AUGGCUGAAGAAAAACAAGAUCGUACCCAAUUAUCUGAUCAAGUUGGUUAUUUCGAUAUUUAUAUUCGUUUUAAUGAUGAUAUGGAAAAAGAUUAUUGUUUCCAAAUCAAGACUACUACUGUUUUUAAAGAUUUAUAUCAAAUCUUUAAGACUUUACCUAUUGCAUUAAGACCAUCUGUAUUUUAUGAAUCGGAACCCAUUGGUUUUAAAGUUUGUACUUCACCAGGUUAUCUUACUGAAGAUGGAAAUUUCUUAUUUGAUUAUAAUGCCACCAAAUUUCAAAGAUCAAUUCCAAGUAUAAAUUCAUUAGUUAGUGAUCAUGUUUGGCCUGGUCAAUUAAUAUUACCAAUUUGGAAAUUCAAUUAUUUCAACUUUUAUAGUUUAAUUUCAUUCUUAGUAACUUGGUUAUAUACUGAUUUACCUGAUUUUAUAAGUCCAACUCCAGGAAUUUGUUUAACAAAUCAAGCUACAAAAGGUUUAAGUUGGUUGGCCCUUUAUUUCAAUCAAGCUAAAUUAUCAAAUAUGUUAAUUGAAGAUAUUAAUUCACCAGUAUCAGUAAUGGGUCAAAUUAUUUUCUUUGUGGUUCAUAUUUUUAAAGUUUUAAUUAUUUUUGCUUUAUUAUAUACUGGUACUUUUAAUCCAAUUAAAAUCUUUAGAAUUUCAAAUAGAAAUAUUAAAUUAGAAAUCACCAAAGAAGAAUUAGUUGAAUUAGGUUGGACUGGUACCAGAAAGGCAACUCCAGAUGAAUAUAAAGAUUAUUAUCGUGAAUAUAAAAUUAAAGAACAUGGUGGUAUGAUUGCUGCUCAUAAAGCUGGAUUAUUUGAAAAUUUAAAGAAUUUAGGAUGUUUAUUAGAAGAAGGAGAAGGUUAUAAUACUCCAAUUGAUACUAAAGUUACAUUAGAUGAUUUAUUAAAAGAUGUGGAAAAGAAUUCUGAAGUUGAUGAAGAUGGUGAUGAAGUUCUUUCUGAUUUUAAAUUAUCAAUAAGUUAUGAAUAUUUCGCUCAAUUAGGAUCAGUUUUCACUAAAUUUAUUGAUGAUAAAGAAGGUACGGAAUUAAAUGAUUAUAUUAAACAAUAUAGAAGAUAUGGUUUAUUAUUUUCAAAUGAUACUGUCAAAAAUAUCGUUAAAAGAAGAAAAGCUAUUCAAUUAGUUAAGAAAUUAGAAGCUGAUAAAAAGAAGGAUUAA